CACUCGCUGUCUGGCGGCUGCGGGGACAGGUGGGGCCGCGACGCCGCCGCGCAGCAUCAUAAAAUCUGAAGUCAAGUGAAAAUGGCCCUAAGCAAUCUGACAUCAAAGGCUGUACUACUUUAUGAUGAAUGGAUUAAAGAUGCCGACCCGAGAGUGGAAGGCUGGCCGCUCAUGUCCUCACCUUUCCCAACCACCAUUAUUGUUGGAGCCUACAUUUAUUUUGUCACUUCUCUGGGACCUAAGCUCAUGGAAAAUAGAAAACCUUUUGAACUCAGGCAGAUAAUGGCAUUCUACAACUUUAGUGUGGUAACCCUCUCAAUAUAUAUGACUUAUGAAUUUCUCAUGUCAGGCUGGGCCACGGGGUAUUCAUUCCGGUGUGAUAUAGUUGACUACUCGAGGUCACCUACAGCUCUCAGAAUGCUACGAGUUUGUUGGCUUUACUAUUUCUCCAAGUUCAUUGAAUUAUUAGACACUGUAUUUUUUAUUCUGCGUAAGAAGAACAGCCAAGUCACAUUCCUGCAUGUCUUUCAUCAUUCCAUCAUGCCAUGGACCUGGUGGUUUGGAGUCAAAUUUGCUGCAGGUGGUUUAGGAACGUUUCAUGCUUUAUUGAACUGUAUUGUGCACGUCAUCAUGUACACUUACUACGGCAUCUGUUCCUUGGGACCAGCCUAUCAUAAAUAUUUGUGGUGGAAAAAAUACAUGACCACUAUACAGCUUGUCCAGUUUAUUAUGGUAACGGGCCACAUAGGACAAAUCUACGUUAUGGAAGAUUGUCAGUACCAGUAUCCAAUUUUCAUGUUUAUUAUUUGGCUGUAUGGCUCUAUGUUUUUAGUAUUGUUUCUGCACUUCUGGUACCAUGCGUACACAAAGGGGCAAAGACUACCAAAGAUGACGAAAAAUGGGAUCAGGAAAGAUCAGUAAAACAAACUCUUGUCUACAAAAAUGUGUAUAUCUCAAAAUGGAAACUUGUACUACUUGACAAUCAAGGUAUUUAGGUGCACACACUACACUGUGUAUAUUUUGUAUGUUUUUUUUUCCAAAACAGAGUUUGUAUUUUUACCGUAAGUUAUUUGGGUUUCAGGAUUUUGGGGCGGGGGAAGGGGAAACAACAUGGAUCUCAGAUUUAAAAAAAAAAAAAAUUAAAAACACCUUGUGCUUUUCUUUUCCCCAACUACGUGUUCAUCUCUGUCCUGUUAGAAAUGACUGGAUAGAUGAUCUCUAUCUAGGAGAUGCAUGGAAAUGCAGAUACUCAUUGGGGAUAGUUAAAAUGUGUAUGACAAGUACAUAGUACUUCGAACACUGAGGAAAAAAGAUACUUCACCUUGUUAUAAACUGCUGAGAAUGAGAGCUGCUUUUUAUUAAAAGAAUGAAACUUCAAUAAAUACAGUCUAUGGAAUCUAAAGAUUAUCAUUAAUAUUGCUAAUACAUAUAGACAUCGCUGUA